AUGGUCGCCAAAUCGAUAACUCUGCUCACUGCCUGCCUCUUUGGCAACUUGGCUGCCGCCGCGCUAGAAAAGCGCGCUGAUCCCACGCCUACAGUGAGCUUAUGGCUGCCUCAAGCCGACUUGAAGAACGAGGGCAUUACCCUUGGAGCGUCGGUGAUUGCCGCUCAACCCACAAUCACUUCUUAUGCCCUCUGCCCCAUCGGAAUCGACGUGAAUAUCUGCAAGGAGUCUGCUGGAAUAACCCUUGCCCAAGGUCCCAGCACAUACGAGCUGAUCAACACCAUCCAUGUUGCCGGAGCCGAAGGCAGGAAUGAAAUCAACUGCAAGCUUUUUGGCACCACUCGCGCCGAGUGCGUCGGCUCCGCCUCUGCUAGCUUCCGUGGUCGAGUUACAACCAUGGUGACCUCGACUGUUUUCACCGAUCCUGAGAUCAUGACCUUAGAACCCGUGUCCGUCACUGCUGGCGCCGAUAAACUCAAGAACAUUGCCCCCGCCACUACUGACGCAGGUGCUACUGGCGGUGCAGCCGCCACUGGUGGUGCAACCCCUAGUGGUGACGCAACCCCUACUGGUGACGCAACGGCCACUGCCGGUGGUGCAGACGCGACGGAUGUGAGCACGGGUGGUGUAUCCCGGGUUACGGGAACGACUGGGUGGCUUCUCGGCGGUGUUGCCGCAGCUAUGGCUGCUGUUGUGGCGUUGUAA